UCAGGAGGACGAGGACUGGGGCCCCGCAUUCUGUCUCUUAGCUCUUGGAUGUGUCGACCGCUGAACUCGAAUGCCUUCAAAUGUCUCUGCUAGCCGGGACAAGCAAUCUUGGGAUUAUGCGCUGCGGUCGGGUCUCGCGGGAGGGGUCGCAGGAUGUGUCGCGAAGACGGCCAUUGCGCCGCUUGACCGCGUCAAGAUCCUUUUCCAAACGUCGAAUCCUGAUUUCCAGAAGUACACAGGAUCGUGGUCGGGAGCAUUCAAAGCCGCGAGUCGAAUAUACACAGAGGCAGGUGUGCGUGGACUCUUGCAGGGGCACUCGGCAACCCUUCUCCGCGUGUUUCCGUACGCGUCCAUCAAGUUCAUGGCAUACGACAAGGUCCACUAUAUGUUAAUGCCCACUAGAGAACAAGAGACAAAUCUCCGUCGCUUCGCCGCAGGGUCCCUCUCUGGCAUGAUAUCCGUCCUCUUCACCUACCCGCUCGAAGUUAUCCGCGUCCGCAUGGCCUUCCAAACCCGCUCCUCCUCCCCCUCCCCGCUGCGCCCCUCCUUCAUCCGCGCCAUCCAGCAAAUCUCCUCCGAAGGCGCCAGCCGCCCCUCCGCCUCGCGCACCACCAAGACGCUCUUCGACACCUUCCCCGUCCUCAAGUUCUACCGCGGCUUCACCGUGACCAUCAUCGGCAUGGUGCCCUACGCCGGCACGUCCUUCCUCACCUGGGGCUUCCUCCGCGCGCGGUACAUCCCGCGGCCCAAGCCGGGCGAGAAGAAGCCCGCGACGCCGCUUGCGGACCUCACGAUCGGCGGUAUCUCGGGCAUGAUUGCGCAGACGGUGUCGUACCCGUUCGAGAUCAUACGGCGGAGGAUGCAGGUCGGCGGGCUGACGAGGCCGGAUCGGUGGAUGCGUUGGGGCGAGACGGUCAAGGCGAUCUACAACACGGGCGGGUGGAGGGGGUUCUACGUCGGACUGAGCAUUGGCUAUCUCAAGGUUGUGCCAAUGACGGCUAUCAGCUACGCGGUUUGGCAGGCAGGAAAGAGAGUACUCAAAGUAUAGGUUCUGGAUGUCCUGGCAUAAAUGUAUUCUAUCCACCAGUUAAGUAUCGUUCCCAGCAAUUACAGGAGCAUCUGCAUCAAGCUUUGCAGGGGUAUAAUCCGAGAUGCAUUGCAAGAGCAACGACAGCAGUUUGAACGACGCAACGUACUUUUACUUGAUGAUGAUGAUGCCAACAAUUCCAUGUACACCAGAACGGAAAACAAAAAAUGCAGGGUGGACUAAUACUAUACGAUGUUACCAAUGAUCUAAAUGUAACUUUUUAGAAUCCCAUUCCUCGGGAGGCUACGCUAUAUUUUGCACCACGAAAGCAAGCAACUCACUUCACAGCACGACGGCAACACCCUCUCGUACACGUAGACGACUAGACGAGACCCUUCACGAGCAUCCCCUCCAGCCGGCAAUACUCGGGCACGAGCGACGCAUACGCCAUAAACGCAUCAACAUCCGCCUCCGCCACCCGUGCCAAACCCAG